AUGUCCACCCCCCGCCCCCGCCACCCAGACUUCAAAACCGUCGAAUCCUCCCGCCCUCCCCCCUCCCCCUCCUUCAAAUACACACAAACCCCCUCCCCAUCAUGGACAUUCGGCUCCGGCGCCAACACACCCUCCUCACACACCCACAUCCGCAUCGACCCCUACGCACCGAACCGCUCCUCCCUCCUAAACUACAAACUCCUCAUAUCCAGCAUCGUCCCCCGCCCGAUCGCCUUCCUGUCCACGCUCUCGCCAGACGGGAAGCCGAACCUCGCGCCCUUCAGCUACUUCAACAUGGUGCACCACGACCCGCCCAUCUUCGUGGUCGGCUUCUCCAGCCCCGUCGCACGCGCAAAAGACUCGCUGAGGAAUAUCCUCGCUACGAGGGAGUGCGUCAUCAACAUUAUUUCAGAGUCGUUCGUCGAGGCCGCCAACUCGACGAGCGUGGAUGCCCCGUACGGGAUAUCGGAGUGGGAUGUCGCGGGGCUGACGGGGCUGGACUGCGAGGUCGUCAAGUGUAAGAGGGUGGGGGAGGCGGUGGUGAGUGUGGAGGCGAGGCUGGAUAUGGUGAAGGAGUGGGAGAGUAGGACGUCGGGGGACAAGACGGGCACGAUGGUGGUGCUUGAGGGGCUGAGGUUUUGGGUGAGAGAGGAUGCUGUUAAUGAGGAGGGAAGUCUUGUUGAUCCUGCGGUGCUGAGACCGAUUGGGAGGAUGGGAGGGAUUACGUAUAGUAGGGUGAAUGAGGCUUUUGAGCUGCCGAGACCGAAAUUUGAAGAGGACGUUGGUGGGGAGGAGGGACUGGAAAAGAUUAAGAAUUGA